ACGCUAGAGCGCUCGCCUCAGAGCGCGCCAAGAACGCAGAGCUGCUGGCGAAGAUCGAGUGGUUGGAGGAACGAUCCAUCGUGCCAGCCUUCAGUUCCAAGUACCUGUACCAGAAGAUGUCAGUAUUCAGGGGGAUGCACCUAGCCCUCGGGCGGACGCUGGCCAACGUUAGUGCAGCAAGAAUCGGGCUCGCAUGUUCAGUCGACGUCCACCACGCCACAGUGUGUACAUGGGAGGUGCGCUGUUGCGCGGCCUUCCUGGCGUCGUGCCGAACGAUGCAGGAUGCCAUCACAGACGUCAUCGAGAUGCAAAGCAGGCCAGGAGUAUUUGAACCCAAGUUCACUAACUUCCGAAACAUAUUGAUCAGGUGCGACGGCACGAACACGGCCUUGUGGCAGCACAAGAGGAAACUACAUGGACUGUCGCGUAAGACAUCUGUCAGAUUGAACGGCCGAGCUGCUACGACCGCAACGUGGCACGCGGACGUACUCGGGCUUCAGUCGCAGGACCCGCCCGUCCUCGUGGAGACCAUCAAGAAGCAGAUGCAGAGCAUUGGCACCGCUCCAUGGGAUAUGCUGGGAGAGCCAAACGCAGUUCAUGCCUGCGUGUGCUGCGCGGACGCUGGCGGCGACGUCAAGGCUGCCAGAGAGAUCAUCAAGAAGGACGUUGGGCACUUCAGCAGCUGGAUAUUCUUCUUGGACUGCGACUGCUUCAUGCACCAGUCGUCGCUGGGCACCCUGGACCAGCUCAAGCUCGUGGACGCGACGAUGGGGAGGCUCGUCAAGAGGCUGGUGCUGCCAGAUGAGAGAAGCCCGAAGAAGUACGCCUCUACGCUGAUGAAGGUUAUGAGCGUGUGGCGCGACCACGGCGCGGUGGUCUACUUCACACGGCAGCAGAUUGAUCCCAAGACGGCCUACCUGGCGCACACCAUGCCGCCGAAGUGCAUCCCCACCAGGUGGGGCACAAAGGACGCUUGCGAGGAACUCCUCCUUUCCCUACCCAGAGAUACGUUCAUUCUCGCGAUGCGCAUGUCGCUCGAUCGUCGCAUGAGGGCCAGCACGCAGAAGCGGAAGAAGAUGGCGGAGACAGAUGCGCCGUCGGCUGGCCUGGAGUGGGUGAUGGCCAUCGAGGAGGCCCAACUUGCUGGAGGCCAGAACUACUCGCAGACUAUGUCGAGAUGGGCGGCGGACGUGAUGCUGGGCUUGGACACAGCUGUCUGGUGGCUGCUUGUGGACAUAUCAUUUAAAGUGCGCCGGCCAUGGCGAGAGCUGCGCGAGCAUUUACAAGCGCAUGAUCAGCUGGUUAAGCGGACAGGCGCAGGAGCAUUGGCACACUUGGUCUGGACCAAAGCCGACUCCAUUUACAAGAACGCCCUGAGCAUGCAAAAGAUUGAUGCAUGGAGCGACGUGUUGGACACAGUGGGUGACGCGUACUUGGUGGACGCUGCUGCAGCCUGCUGCGAGUUGGGCAUGGCCUCCGCGGCGUGCUUCAAGACGCGCAUCGUCGACAUGAUGCGCACGUUUCCGCUCAAGUGUCUACUCCUUGCACAGGAGAAGCACUCCACGCGCAGCCCUGGCAGGGCGGCGCUGGCAAAGGAGAUCCUGGGCCCGCAGACGUCCGAGCUCAACGUGGUCAAGCUCAGGGACAUAGCCGCUGAUGAGUUGCAGCACUGCGCAGACACCGGAGAGCUGGACUACGCCAUGUGCCUUUGGGUGAAAAAUAUUUGCAGUCUCUGGCAAGGCGACGCGGAGGCGAACGAGCGCUUCAACAAAACCCUCAAGGAAGAGCUCGUCAAGGCACCGCUCGGCCACUGCCUGCUUGGAUCGAGGGCCAUCAACAAGACGUUCCUACAUCACCUUCAAUUCGAGACGAGCGGGAGGUCGAAAGGUGCACCGAGAUGGGGCGUCAUCCAAGAUGGUUUCUUCAACCUUGUUGAACACGCUGCGCAGUACAACGACGGCUCGCUGAUCAUCAUGGGCGACCUGACUCGCUACGACCUCCCCGCCCUGCCUGAUCUCGCAUUGCACGCCGGCGAGGCAAGGGCGGAGUUGGCCGCCAUCCAAGAUGCCACUGCUACUCCGUCCGCGCCGCUGGCGGACGCACCAGAGGCAGCUGCGCCGGCGGCCGUGGACAUAGACACGGCCGCGGCUGCCACGUUCGACGGCGUCGACGCCAGGCCCGACGAGAUCGGCGAGACCUCACCCGCGGCGGACGAGGACGGCCGCAGGGGCGAG